AUAGCUAACACUGUGAUGUGAUACAUUACAUAAUUGUCAAUUUAGUUUCAGGAAAUGCCAUCCUAUUGAAUUAAUAAGUAACAGAGAGGUCAAACUGUGCAUAGCUUAUAGAAGUGAUAAUAUCGGGAAUAUUUGCUGAAGAUGUUCAGUCAUCAACACCAAUCGUUUUGUCAGCGAGAGGUUUGUCCAAGACAUAAGCUGAUGAUACGGUGGCGGUCAAACAUCUGUCUCUGGACAUUCACUGAGGGGACAUACUCUGAUGGUACUGUGGCGGUCAAACAUCUGUCUCUGGACAUUCACUGAGGGGGCAUACUCUGAUGGUACUGUGGCAGUCAAAGAUCUGUCUCUGGACAUUCACUGAGGGGACAUACUCUGAUGGUACUGUGGUGGUCAAAGAUCUGUCUCUGGACAUUCACUGAGGGGACAUACUCUGAUGGUACUGUGGCGGUCAAACAUCUGUCUCUGGACAUUCACUGAGGGGACAUACUCUGAUGGUACUGUGGUGGUCAAAGAUCUGUCUCUGGACAUUCACUGAGGGGACAUACUCUGAUGGUACUGUGGUGGUCAAACAUCUGUCUCUGGAUAUUCACCGAGGGGACAUACUCUGAUGGUACUGUGGUGGUCAAAGAUCUGUCUCUGGACAUUCACUGAGGGGACAUGCUCUGAUGGUACUGUGGUGGUCAAACAUCUGUCUCUGGACAUUCACCGAGGGGACAUACUCUGAUGGUACUGUGGUGGUCAAAGAUCUGUCUCUGGACAUUCACUGAGGGAAUGUAACUACACUACUCAGUCACAAUGGUGCUGCUAAAACAACCACAAUGAACAUGUUAAUUGCUGUUUUAAAUUCCACUAAAGGGGCUGUGAGAAUCCUGAACCGACCAUUAAAGAGAAUGAGUGGUAGUCUAGGUAUAUGCUAACAACACAACGCCCUCUAUGAAGACAUGACAGUGAAGGAACACAUGGAGUUCUACAGCUCAAUGAAAGGAAGCUCGUUACAUGGCUUAUCAGCAAAGGACGAGAUAUGACAAUUGCUUAAAGAUGUUGAUUUAUGCUAUUGUCGAAAUAUGUUGGUGAAGAAUCUGUCCGGUGGAAUGCAGAGACGUCUUUGUGUAGCUCUUGCUUUUGUUGGCGACUCAAAGGCAGUUAUUCUUGAUGAACCAACAAGUGGCGUGGAUCCAAGCAGUCGGAGGGCCGUCUGGAAUCUAAUUAUUAAACGAAAAUCAGGAACUGCUAUUCUUCUGUCCACCCAUCACCUUGAUGAGGCCGAUGUUAUCAGUGACCAAAUAGCAUCAUGCAUGAGGGAAAUUUGUUGUGUAAAGGCUCCUCGAUGUUCUUGAAGAAAAAUCUGGCCAGUGGUCACAGGCUUACCAUUGUUAAGGAAGAAAGUGAUACAGAAUAACUAUGUUGAGAAGAUGGUUGCCUGGAACCAGGCUUCAUGCAUCUGCUGGAACAGAAAUGACCUUUGUCUUACCCACAGAUAAAGAUGCUGACUUCUACAGUCUCUUCCAAGACUUGGAGGCACAAGUUCAAUCCCUGGGUAUUGUCAGUUAUGGCAUAUCAGACCCACAUUUGGAAGAGGUAUUUUUGAAGGUGUGUUCAGCUGCUGAUAUUGGCAGGAAGAUUACACCUGAGAUGUUGAGACAUAUAGAAGAAGGAGACAAAUGCUGCAAAUGCUAACUCUAAGGAUGAAUGGAAACAUGACUUUGAAAGCUCAGCGUCUAGUGGAAGUAGAACAAAUUUAGCCAACAAUCAUCAAGAUCAGGCGAUGGAAUGCUCGCACUUUUAACGAAAUUUUUUCAUCAUUAUCGUCGAGAAUGGCGUAUUGUUAUUACCACAUUGAUAUUGCCUCUCCUGUUGUUCUUGCUGGCAUUGGGACUGUACAAAAGAAAAACCCUACUCGACGUCCGCUCCGAGCCGACUCCUCUCUCCUGGCAUGUACAGCCCAGAUAUGUACACCUUCAUGCAACAAAAUUCUACACGAUUUACUCUUGGUGACGAAGUAUUAGAAACGUUUAUGGUAGACCCAGGAAUUGGAACAUCUUGUAUGGCUGAUGUAAAUCUUGGAUAUCCUUAUAAAUGUGUAACACCUGCAUCAAAAUUCUCUGUACCUCCCCAUAAUGCAUCAGCAGACGGACGUUGCUUCUGCCAGGACGAUGAAUACAAGUGUGAAGGGUCUCCUUACGGUGCACCCCCACCACAGCGAGUAACCACGACAACAGAAAUACUACAGAAUUUGAACAAUAGAGAUAUUAACAAAUACCUACUUGACAGUUUCCCUGAAUUUAUUGGCAAAAGAUAUGGUGGAUGGUCAUUUGAAGAUGAAAGCAAAGAGGCAAAUGCAAACUUAAAGGCCAAAAUCUGGUAUUAUAACAAGGGAUAUCACACGCUACCAUCAUUCUUUAACGCUUAUAGUAACGGCCUGCUGAGAGCUCUAGUAAAUGAUGAAUCUGAGGCCCCAAAAUAAAACAGUAACAUUAACAAA